AUGCUAGCCACCUCAAUCCGCGGCCUCCGAGCCACUCCCUCCAUGCGCCCAGCGGGAUCUCUCCACCUGCGAACUCCUCCGCCAAUAACCACCCCACCACACCCAAAAAUACAAAACAACCGCCUCCUCUUUCCCGCCCUUCUUCACAGCAAUGGCAUGCCUAUAGCCCACUUCUCCAGCACGCCCAACCCCCUCAGACCCCCGCCAACAACCACGUCCGCCUCCGCAGCCUCAACCAUCACAUAUCCCGUAGUCAUAACGUCCCCCCUUAAUCCCCCAACAACAACCCUACCAGCUCCCAUCUCCCUCCCAUCCAAGGACCCUACAACAGCCAAACUAAUAUACUACUACACCCUCGGCAAAGCAUACCUCACCUUCUACAAAACGGGCCUCAAAAACGUCUACCACAACUACCGCGCCUCGCUACCCCUGCGACGGCGUCUGGGCCUGAACCCCCUCCUCCCCACCUCCCCGCCGCCCCCCGCCUACGCAGUGAAACACGUCAACAACGCCCCCAUUCUAAAACAGUACGCGGGCAAAGUCUCCCGCAGCGAGUUUCAGCUCAUUCGUCGCGCGGCAUAUGAUGUGCGGCGCAUCCUUCCGUUCUCGGUUAUCCUGCUGCUGUGCGGGGAGAUGACGCCGUUUGUCGUGUUGGCGUUGGGGAAUAUGGUGACGCCGUUCACCUGUCGGGUGCCUAGGCAGGUGGAGAAGGAGAGGGUGAGGGCGUGUCAGGGGAAGGAGGCGGCUGUGAUGGCGGCAGAGGUUGAUAGUGUUGGUUAUGGCAGUAGCAAGAAGGCAAACGCCCUGGCUAAUCUGGAUGUAUUGCUUAAUGCGACCUCGAUUCCGCAUACGGUUGAUAUAAAUGAGCUGAUUAACCGUGCGUCGACGACUGGGGUGUUGAGGGCCUGUGCGGUCUUCAGGCUUAGUCGCGGGCAUGAGUUGCCUGCUGUUUCGUUCCUGCCGGGGUUUUUGAAGGCGGAGAUUGUGAACCAGAUAUACCGCCCUAGGCUGAGGAGAUGGAUGAGCUAUCUUGAGGUCGACGAUUGGUUGAUUACACAGAAUGGUGGGGUUGAGGGGAUGAGUCCUGAUGAGGUUAAGAUUGCAGUGGAGGAGAGGGGGGGGGUGGAUGUUUCGGUUGGGUUGGUGGGGGAAGAGGCGGAGAGAGUUGAGAGGAGGUGGUUGGAGAAUUGGGUCGAGGGGAGAGGUGGGGAUAAGAUGGUCGAGAGGUAA